AAAAAAAGAAAGAAAGAAAAGGCCACUAAUUCUCUACCUUUCACCGAAAAAUGGAAUCGCAUUCGAGUUUGCCUUGACUUUAUAGAUUAAGUUCAUUAUAAGCGCUAGCCCUUAAAGUCUAUUUGAGUCACCUCCGACCUUCAGCCCAGCAUGCGUUCGUUUGACUUUUGCUUCACUACAAGUUUUCAUUUCACACACGAAUAAAGAAGAAAAGGCUAGAGAAGCCAUCCUGAAGGAAUCCCUCGGAAAGACUAUUCUGCUCUAGUCUCUUUUUGAUCAAAUUGGAAUGGAAUGAGACGUUAAAUCACUGGCAGAUUGAAAAUUGGGCAGGCUUUGUGCAGAUGGGAGUUGUUACUGUAGGUGAAUUAAAGACCAGUAUAUCUGGGAAGAGAUCCUUUCGGACAAGUUCAAGCAUAAGGCAUGCCACUGAAUGGCCAAUAUCUGAUGUCACUAGUGACCUUACCAUCGAAGUCGGAGCAUCAAUUUUUGCACUUCACAAGUUUCCUCUUGUUUCUCGGAGUGGAAGAAUUCGAAGACUACUGUCAGAAGCCAAAGAUUCGAAAGUUCCACGCAUAAGUCUUGCGGCUAUACCAGGUGGAGCAAUGGCAUUUGAGCUAGCCGCCAAAUUUUGUUAUGGACUCAAUGUUGAGUUCACCCUCUCAAAUAUUGCCAUGCUUCGUUGUUUAGCCCAUUUUUUGGAAAUGACAGAAGAGUUUUUGGAGAAGAACUUGGAGAGCCAAGUUGAAACAUAUUUGAAGGACACGGUGCUCCCCAGUAUACCAAACACAAUAACUGUUCUUCAUUGUUGCGAAAGUCUUCUUCCCAUCUCAGAAGACAUAAACCUUGUUAGCAGGCUAAUUAAUGCAAUUGCAAAUAAUGCAUGCAAAGAGCAGCUCACCUCCGGCUUGCUUAAACUUGACCACAACUUUCCCUCCAAGACUAUGUCAAACAUGGAGCCAGAAACGCCUUCAGAUUGGUGGGGAAAUUGCCUCAAUGUUCUUGGUCUUAAUUUCUUCCAACGGGUUGUGUCUGCAGUGAAGUCUAAGGGACUGAAACAGGACAUGAUUAGCAAAAUUCUGAUAAGCUAUGCACAUAAUUCCCUCCAGGGCAUUGUUGUUAGGGACUCUCAAGGUGUUAAAGGAAGUUCACAGGAUUUAGAAUUGCAAAAGAAACAAAAGGUCAUUAUUGAAGCCAUAGUUAGCUUACUGCCUACCCAAUCAAGGAAAAGCCAAGUUCCGAUGGCAUUUCUUUCAAGUUUGUUGAAAGCUGCAAUAGAGUCAUCGGUAUCUAUUUCCACCAGAUCUGAUUUGGAAAGGCGGAUUGGUCUCCAACUCGACCAGGCAAUUCUUGAAGACAUCUUAAUCCCAUCAAAUUCACAUCAAAACCCCCACGGCACAAUCUAUGACAUAGAUUCAAUACUGAGAAUUUUCUCUAUUUUUCUGAACUUGGACGAGGAUGACAAUGAAGACAGUGACUUGAGAUAUGAAAGUGAAAUGGUGUAUGACUUUGACAGUCCUGGAUCUCCAAAACAAAGCUCAAUUCUCAAGGUAUCCAAGUUGCUGGACAAUUUUCUUUCUGAAGUAGCAUUAGACCCAAACAUUGUGCCAUCAAAAUUCAUAGCACUAGCAGAAUUACUUCCAGAUCAUGCACGUAUUGUAAGCGACGGACUCUACAGAGCUGUUGAUAUCUUCCUUAAGGUUCAUCCAAACAUGAAGGAGUCAGAGAAGCACAGGCUAUGCAAAACAGUAGAUUGUCAGAAGCUGAGUGAAGAAGCAGGUGGCCACGCGGCACAGAAUGAAAGGCUGCCAGUGCAGAUGGCGGUGCAAGUUCUGUACUUUGAGCAAAUAAGGCUUCGGAACGCUAUGAAUGGUGGGGGGCACAACCAAUUGUUCUUCGGUGGAAUGAACGUUCAGUUUCCUCAGCGCUCGGGAAGUGGUGCGGGAAGUGGAGCCAUUUCUCCAAGAGAUAACUAUGCGUCCGUUAGAAGAGAGAACAGGGAGCUGAAGCUGGAGGUUGCAAGAAUGAGAAUGAGGCUCACUGAUCUGGAGAAGGAUCACUUUCAUAUGAAGCAGGAGUUUGUGAGGUCUAGUCCCGCCAACAAGUUCUUUAAAUCUUUCACUCACAAACUCAGCAAGCUUAAUUCCCUGUUUCGGAUUAACAGCAUUAAGUCUAUUCGGGGCAGAGUUGGUUCGGAAGGUCGCUUCCCUUUUCCAAGGCGUAGGCGUCACUCAGUUUCAUGAUCAUAGCGCACUACUAAUAAUUUGUAACAUAUAAUAUGCAAUAUUUACGUAUUGUAUAGCAUGCAUGCAUAGUGCAAUGUGAUUGUUGUUAUUUUCCAA